AUGCCCCUCGACGUAGUCGCUGACGUCGACUUGUUUGAUGAGGACUCACUCGAGGAUGACUUUGAGGGCGAGGCCCAUAUUGCUGCUGGUGAUCUCCUACUUCUUGCUGACGCUCCUGCAGAGGAGGCUCCCAUCCAUUCACCAGUCCCAAACUCCUUUGAGUCUGUGGCAUCCGCACCUUCACACGCGCAGGGAGUGCAACACCAUUCACAUGACACAGACCCUGAUAUGGCAUCAUCCGCUGCACCUGCCUCUGCCCCUAGUUUUGAGUUCGAUCAUGAUAUUGAUGAUGAUUCAGAUCCUGUUUUCCCACCUGGUUUUGAUCCAAACCAGGAGAUUGAGUUUCCUGCUGUGGCCCCUGAGCCAGUUGAUGCUCCUGUCCUCGCAUUAGAGCAUGACCCUGAUCAUACCGAUGCACCUGUUGUUGCUCCUAUCGUUGAUGAUUUGCCUGUUGACGAUCAUCCUGAUGUUGCUCCACUGUUGGAGGAUGAUCAUGCUGUUGAUGCUCAUAUUGAUGCUCCUCACAUUGCUGACAUUCCUGCUGAUCCUGUUGUCGCACCACAUCCUGAUCCCAUGCCAGUGAUGUUCGAUCGUGCACCUUUCGCGACCCAUGUUGACCCACGAUAUGCUGACACCCACAAUGGGUGGAUAGACGAUGAUGAUGAUUUUCCACCUUUCGUGGUACCUGUUACACCUGUUUCAGCCCCUAUUGAUGUACCUUUGUUUCCCACCCACGUCACAGAUGCGCAUCGCGCAUACCUUCCUGUUACAUUUCUCCAGGACAUCCCUCCGCCACGUCCUGGAGAGGGUUCAUCUCGUCAGCCUUUUGGUCAUACACCUUUCAUGAUAGGAGGAGAUCAGUUUGUACCUCCGAUUUCUCAUCAUACUUUUGUUCCCCCUGUUGCACCGUUUGCUGUACCAUCCUUCGCUCCAUCUAGUGAGUCGUUCCUCUGGACUUCGCCACCCAUUAUGCCGCCAUCUGAUCCUUAUCAUCCUUAUCACAUGGGUUAUUCUACAGAGGAUAUUCUCAGGUCUUUCAUGAUAUAG